AUGCUCCCAUUGACUUUCGCUGAUCCUGCUGAUUACGACAAAAUCGACUCUAAUGAUAGAAUUUCCAUCAUAGGAUUGAAAGGUUUUGCUCCAGGAAAGCAGCUUCAAGCAGUCAUUAAAAAGAGUGAUGGCUCUAAAAUCGAUAUUUAUCUCAAUCACUCAUUUAAUGAUCAACAAAUUGAAUGGUUCAAGGCGGGAUCUGCUUUAAACAGGAUGAAAGAAAAAUUCGCCUCAAACGAAACCUUCGCACAGUCGUCAUCGACUCAUGCUUUCCCUAUGUCUCAGGCAGAAUUAGCAACUAAAUGUGUCAAUUCGCUGGCUCGAAUGGGUAACCUUCAUAGCGGCGGCGGCGGUAGUGGUGGCGAAGGUGGUUGGUCACGACAGCAGAAGAAGGGCGAUGGUGCGUUGUGGCCGGAGCAGGAACGACGUGCGCUUCAUGUACGACGGCCCGUUGCUCGACAUCAGCAUGCCCUUCUUCUUGUCCUUCGUCGAUUCGGACUGUGUGCUGAAAUAAGAUGA